UUCCCGGUAAAACAAAAAAUCCGUUACUAAGGUCGGAGCAAACAUUAGUAAUUUAGUAACACACAAGCGAACAAAUCAAACGAUAAAAUUAUUUAUUAAAAUUAAUAUCAAAAUAUUUAAAAAUGUCUACCAGAGGAUUUGAUAUUUUUCAUACACCAAUAAAACAUACUUCAGAAAAUCAACUCAAUUUUCGAGGUGCUAAUUCACUAACAAUGUCGAAUCCAACAAAAAUGAUGACCAACGUUAAUUUUCCGGGAAAAUCAUUCACGUCGGUUGGAGUAAAACCAAAGGGCUUAUCCAUCAGGUCCCGAUCUGACUUAAACAUUGCACUGCCAGCGAAAUCACCAUCGGCUAUUAAAGUUAAUGAAGCUAAAAAAAGUACAUUAACUCUUUCUAAGGAUAAAGUAUCAAAGAAUGUACUCCAGAUACAAAAACAAGGAUUAUCCCCAAACUCCAAAUCACCACACAAAGUAGUAAGUCCAGUAUUUAAAAAACCUUUGCCACCUAAAGUCAAUACUCAAGUUUACCCACCGGCAGAAAAAUUAGCAAGCUCCUAUGGCUUCAAAGAAAAUUUUGAUCGAGUCUUACGCAGAGCCGAGGCACUCGAUAAAGAAGCUAACGAACUUUCAGCAAUUCUUAAACCUUUUAAUCGCAUCAUAAAACCUUUUGAAGACCACUUGGACCGUGAACCUUUAACUAUAGUUAUAGAAAAAGAUUAUCCUCGUUGUUCAGUUAGAAAUGAAGAUCUUACUUGCUCAGAUGUAGAAAUUCCAACUCUUCCUGACGAAGAUUAGUUAAAUAAGAAAUCCGAAUUAUUUUUAUUAAUUAUUUUUGUAUAAUACUUUUAAUUUUUAAUUUUUCAAGUUCAACUAAAUAAUAAUAAUAAUAUUUAUGAUAAAUAUAAGUUACAUAAUUUAAAUAAAAGUAUCAAAGAUAUUUAAAG